AGUUGGGGGAGCACAUGGGCCAAGCCCUACCGGUGCUUGUUCAGAGGGCCUGCAGCCUGUCUGCCACUCAUUCACGGGGUUGCAAGUCCGCUCUGCGCAAUCCGAAUGUACACCUCACGCAAACCCUGGUCGCCGCCUGUUUGCUGCAUGAGCGAUAGGCCAGGCGGACCCGAAUGCACGCAUGGAGCCCGAGCAAGCAGCAGCGCAUCGACUCUGGCACAACCGCGACGCCGUCCAUACGGUGUUGCUCGCCGAUGGGGGCCAUGGCAAUAG